UGUAGCACGUUUUUCAUGCGCGGUUUUAGCCAACUGGGUGUUGGCAUGUACUUGGCGUGCACGUGUCUAUUUUACGUAGUCAGUUCUGUUAACUGAUAUUGGGACAUACAUAUUAGAGUUUUUGUAGAUAUACAGGGUGUUAUUCUGUUAUUUGUGUGUGAAUUUUACAAACUUUGUGUUUGUUUAAUAUUGUUAAGAGAGGUUUGAGAAGGGGCUAGCGAUUCUUAUAGGUACAGUGUUAUGCAGCACGUUUUUCAUGCGCGGUUUUAGCCGGCUGCAUGGGGUUCGCAUUUACUUGGUCUGCACAUGUCUGUUUAUGUAUGCGGUUUUGUUAUUUUAUAUACGGAGAUAUACAUAUUAGAGCUUUUAUUGACGUGCUAGGUGUGUGUUUUAUUUAGUAAGUGCAUGUUAAAAAUUAUAUUGAAACUUUUAUUGUGGGAAUAAUUUGUGUAAUUAUGUUGUAUAUGACCUUGGUGUUGAAGCCAAAGCAUUCAUUAUUGGGGAAGAGCUUGUUGCCGGUGAUUAUGGAAUUGAAGUCUAAUCAACCUGGGAUGCAGAUAGAUACAUUCGCACGGUUGAAGAAGGAUCAUCCAUUAGAGAAAUAUUCGUUGGAAGAGUUGAAAGUAGAAUUCAACAGACUUACAGGGGAGACAAUCCAGUCUUUGUUGAUCAUCCUGAGUCAGGAGGAGUCAGUGGAUUUGGUUAGGAAGAUUAUGCAUUUUUCAAUUUUGCAUGCAAAUAAUGUGGGAGCACCCAAGGGUCAGGUUUUGACGGAGAUAGCGCCAUCUGCUGCUGGUAGCAGUGGUCCUUGUACUGGUAACGGGGAUGGUGCGGCCAAUCUUGAAGAUAGACUGAAAGGAUUGGAGCAGAACGUAUCGGUGUUGAAGUCUAAGUCAGGAGAACAGAAGGUGGAUGAUGCAAUCCGACAGGUACGCCUUUUGGCAGCUCGACCGAAGUUGACACCGUCGCAUGUUCUUAUCGCAUCACUGGAGAUGCUGGUUGAUGUUGCAAAGUGUGAGGGGCAUAAGGAUGCAGAGUUUUUUAAUAAAGCUCUUCAGGCAUGCAGGCGUUUUGAAGAAAGUGAGGAUGUGUGUGGCUUAUGUUUGAAACUGAUAGGGUCUAGUGUAGAUAGAAAGAUUUCUACCGCCAUUGCUGAAUGGGUUAAGGGAAAAAAAUAUGAUAAAGAAAAUGAGAAAGAGAAGGUUAAGGAAACCAAUGUUAGUAAUGUUCCAUCUUUUCCUUAUCUAGCUCCAAUGUAUAAUAAUUUCCCUUUGGGGUUUGUUCCUCCUAUGCCAAUGCCAGGUUAUAUAGGUUUUGGGCAGGGGAGAGGGGGUAACAGAGCUCGAAAUGGUCAAAAUUCUAACCAAAGGGUAUGUUAUUUUUGUAAAGAAAAGGGUCAUUUUGUUGCAGCAUGUCCAAAAAUAAAAAAGGAAUAAGAUGUUUAAUAAUGUUGGAAAGUUAUGGAAAUUUGUAUGAGAAGACUUUGUUUUCCAAAUUUUGUUGUUUAUUUUCCUCUUGCCAAAGGUACUAACCUUUCAGUGAAUUAUUUCACGCGGCUGGGGGUAGAAUAAACUUUUCUCUGUAAUAUUUCUGUUAUGUUUUAGAGUGAGUCCAUGAGAUGUAAGAGGUUUCAUUUUCAUCCUCAUAUUCCAGAGUGGGAGAAAGAAGCUUUAGAAUUUUCUCCUUUAGAUAUACCUCGAAGAGAUUUGGAUAUUUCUAAGUGUUGGGUGAAUUACA